AUGCAGAAGGCUGGAACCACAGAGAAAGAGGUGCUGGAAGGAAGAAUUCAAACCUUGGAAGAAGGGAUGACUGAAAACAGGGGGUAUUUGCAGAGGAUCCUACAGCUAGUUAAUCAAGCAGCUGAGGAGAAAGAUUCACCUCAGUCAGUGAAGAAUCAACCAACAAAAUGCCAGAAAUUUUUUAAUCUGUUUGGAAUACCUGAAGAACAGAAACUGGAAAUAACUGCUAUGUAUUUAGGGAAUGAUGAGCCAAAGAACUUGAAUACUGGUUUGGUGACUAAAACCAGUCCACUAAAUAGUAAUGUUAAGCAAAGUUUAGUGAAGUAUAGGAGAACACACAAUUUGUGCUUUAAAUGUGGGGAAAAGUAUACCCCUGGACAUCAAUGCAAGGUCAGACAACUGAAUUGCAUGGAAGAAGAGGAAGAUUCUGCUAAAAAAGGUAUGACUGAGGAAGAAGCUGGGGAAAAGGAGGAUGUAGAAAAUGAAGCUCUUGAAAUAUCCAUUAAUGCUAUUACAGGGAAUGUGAGUCAUACUACUUUGAGGAUACAAGGAUUUAUCAAGGGAAAACCAUUGAACAUUUUGAUAGAUAGUGGAAGCACUCACAGCUUUGUAACUCCUAAGUGGGCUAAAGAAGGAAUGGAGUUGGUAAAUACUCAACCAUUAGUAAUCACAGUAGCUAAUGGAGAUAAGCUUUACAGCAAUGCUAAGUGUAAUAAAGUAAGCUGGAAGAUGCAGGGAUAUGAAUUCCAACAUGAUUUUAGAGUUCUAUCUUUGGGAGGCAGUGACAUGUUAAGUGUUGAAGUUGCUGACAGCAUAACUCCUCAACCACUUCAGAAAUUAUUGGCAGAAUUUAGUGAAGUUUUUGAAGAUCCUAAAGGAAUGCCUCCUAAAAGGAAACAUGACCAUGUUAUUAUCCUAAAACAAGGGUCACAUCCUGUGAAUCUCAAACCCUACAUGUUUUCAUAUCCUCAUAAGGAUGAAGUUGAAAAACAUAUUACUGACAUGCUAGCAGCUUCCAUCAUACAAAAUAAGUUUCCUAUUCCUAUAGUAGAAGAUUUGCUAGAUGAAUUGAAUGGAGCUGCAUUUUUCUCAAAAUUUGAUCUAAGGAAAUUUGUCCUUGUGUUCUUUGAUGAUAUUUUAGUUUACAGUCCUAAUUUGGCAGCACAUGAACAACAUCUAAGGGUGGUUUUAAACAUUUUGUUGGAAAAUAAAUUACAUGAUACGAAGAGCAAAUGUUUCUUUGGGCAAACACAAGUGGAGUAUUUGGGGCAUUUGAUUUCAGCACAGGGAGUGGCUACUAAUCCUGCUAAGAUCAAAGCUAUGCAGCAAUGGCCUUUGCCUAAGAAUUUAAAAGCUUUGAGGGGUUUCUUAGGUUUGACAGGUUAUUAUAGAAAAUUCAUUAAAGGUUAUGGAGAGUUGAGUAAGCCCUUGACUAAUAUGCUCAAAAAGAAAGGAUUUUAUUGGAGUCCAGAAGCUAUGACAGCAUUUGAAGAAUUGAAGCAAGUAAUGUGCAGAGCUCUAGUUUUGGCUUCACCAAAUUUUGAGAGAGAAAAAAAUUUGGAGACAGAUACUAGUUCAAAGGGUAUUGGAGCAGUUAUCUCUCAAGAAGGAAUGCCUAUAGCUUAUUUAAGCAAGGCUCUAGGGCCAAAACAUACAGAUUUGUCAAUCUAUGAAAAGGAAUAUUUGGCCAUUUUAAUGGCAAAGUUAACUAAAGCUAUUCAAAAGAAAGGACUCACUAAGCUGCUGGGACUUGAUUAUACAAUACAGUACAGAAAGGGAAAACACAAUAAAGUAGCAGAUGCUCUUUCUAGACAACAAGAGGAUUUUGGUGAGUUUUUCCAAAUAGGGAUAGCAGUUAUAACUCCUACUUGGAUGCAUGAUAUUGAACAGAGUUACCGGGAUGAUAUAAUGGCACAAGAAAAUAUUCCUAUUUUGGUUAUACAACCAAGAAGUAUAGAAGAUUGGAAGCUGGUUAAGGGAGUUUUGUAUUUCAAAAAUAAAGCUUAUGUGGGCAGUAAAGGAGACCUUAGAGAGAAAAUUAUUCUAGCUCUCCAUGCUUCAUCAAUAGGAGGCCACUCAGGACCAGUAGAAGCGACGUGUGAAGAUUAUUCGGUAUUGAAGACUCAAUUUUCGGAUUUCAAUCCUUGGGGAAAAAGAUCAUCUGGUGGAGGGGGUAUUGUUAUUAUGGAAGAGGAAUUAGGGCUGGAAAAAGGGGAAAUUGGAAGGAAAUUACCUCAGUUAGGGAUUUUGAACGGGGAGGAGUUAGGGAUUUUGAAAGAGGAGGAAUUAGAAAAUGAGAAGAUUGGGGAGCAAAUUACCAUGGAGGCUGGAGUAGGAGUUGGGUCUGCUGAGGCAAAACACGGGCCUGGGGAAUAG